AUGAAGAUGCCUCUAAAGAAGAUGUUUACUAGCGCAUCUCCUCGUAACUCUUCUUCUCUUGACAGCGACCAUGAUGCUUACUAUUCCAAACAGAAUCCCGAUAAUUUCCCUGUAAAGGAGCAAGAAAUCUAUAACAUUGACCUCGAAGAAAACAAUGUGUCCUCCCGUUCAUCCACCUCUACAUCACCUUCAGCAAGGGACGACUCUUUCGUGGUUCCAGAUGGUAAAGAUGAAAACACAAGGUUGAGGAAAGAGUUAAAGGCAAGACAUAUUUCUAUGAUCGCCAUUGGUGGUUCAUUAGGUACAGGCCUGCUUAUAGGUACAGGUACAGCCUUAUUGACCGGGGGUCCAGUUGCCAUGUUAAUUGCAUAUGCUUUUGUCGGCCUUUUAGUCUUUUACACCAUGGCCUGUCUUGGUGAAAUGGCUUCUUACAUUCCAUUGGAUGGUUUUACAAGUUACGCCUCUCGUUAUGUGGAUCCUGCAUUAGGUUUUGCUAUUGGUUAUACUUACCUUUUCAAAUAUUUCAUCUUACCUCCCAAUCAACUUACUGCAGCUGCUUUGGUCAUUCAAUAUUGGAUUAGCAGAGACCGCGUUAACCCUGGUGUGUGGAUUACUAUAUUCUUGGUUGUUAUUGUCGCUAUCAAUGUCGUCGGUGUAAAAUUUUUUGGGGAAUUUGAAUUUUGGUUGUCCAGUUUCAAAGUCAUGGUAAUGCUGGGUCUAAUCCUGUUACUAUUUAUCAUUAUGCUUGGUGGAGGUCCUAACCAUGACCGUCUAGGGUUUAGAUACUGGCGUGAUCCUGGUGCAUUCAAAGAAUACUCGACGGCUAUCACUGGUGGUAAGGGUAAAUUUGUUUCGUUCAUUGCGGUUUUCGUCUACAGUCUUUUCAGUUACACAGGUAUUGAGUUGACAGGUAUUGUUUGUUCUGAAGCAGAAAAUCCAAGAAAGAGUGUUCCAAAAGCAAUCAAAUUGACAGUUUAUCGUAUCAUUGUUUUCUACCUAUGCACCGUUUUCCUUUUGGGUAUGUGCGUUGCAUACAAUGAUCCUCGUUUACUUUCUACAAAAGGCAAAAGUAUGUCUGCAGCAGCUUCCCCAUUCGUGGUUGCCAUUCAAAACUCAGGUAUCAAAGUCUUACCUCAUAUCUUCAAUGCUUGUGUCCUAGUUUUCGUUUUCAGUGCUUGUAACUCGGAUUUGUAUGUUUCUUCCAGAAAUUUAUACGCGUUGGCUAUUGAUGGUAAGGCGCCAAAGAUCUUCGCUAAGACAAGUAGAUGGGGUGUUCCUUACAAUGCCUUGAUUCUCUCCGUGUUGUUUUGUUGCUUGGCGUACAUGAAUGUGUCUUCAGGAUCAGCGAAGAUUUUCAACUACUUUGUUAACGUUGUUUCAAUGUUCGGUAUCUUAAGUUGGAUCACCAUUUUAAUUGUUUACAUCUAUUUUGAUAAAGCUUGCCGUGCUCAAGGGAUCGAUAAAUCAAAGUUUGCCUAUGUCGCUCCUGGUCAACGUUAUGGUGCUUAUUUUGCUUUAUUCUUUUGCAUUUUGAUCGCAUUGAUCAAAAACUUCACUGUCUUCCUUGGUCAUAAAUUUGAUUAUAAAACUUUUAUCACUGGGUAUAUUGGCUUGCCUGUCUAUGUCCUUUCUUGGGCUGGGUACAAAUUGAUAUACAAAACCAAAGUGAUUAAGUCAACUGACGUGGAUCUAUACACAUUCAAGGAAAUAUACGAUAGAGAAGAAGAAGAGGGGAGAAGGAAAGACCAAGAAAAGGAAGAGCGUUUGAAAAGUAAUGGUAAAAAUAUGGAGUGGUUCUAUGAAAAAUUUUUGGGAAAUAUCUUCUAG